GCUAGAGCAAAAACACUCAUAAGACAUGUUUAUUAAUUUGUUCACAUUCUACCAUCCCAGGGAGCUCCUUGAAAUGUCAUAGUUCAUUUGAGGAGUGAACUUGUUCUUUGACUUGAAAAUGAGUGUGAGGCUCUUUGAAAAAAAGGAGAGCAUUUAAGGAAAAAGUGUGUGCUGGACGGAAACAAAGAAAAGAGGAAAUAGUUUGUUUUUACCCUUUCACCUGCUGAGAGCCCUGCUACCUUAAAAGAUGACUAUCCUCCAAUACUACCUUAAAGUAAAGCGAGGUCGAGGACAGUAGUUUAGCAGAUAUUGUACUCUCUUAUGUAGACAUCCUUUCUUUGCAUUUAAGGACUUCCUAAAUGAAGUUAAGGCACUCGGAUAGUCUUGAGUUUCGACAAUAGUGGUUCAAAGUUCAAAGUGUUUGCGUAUAUUCUCUCUCGGAUGCCGGCGGAGGCACGCAUGAUUCACGGAAAGAUAACGCAUGCUAGAAUCCAGCAUGUGCUUAUCAUGCUCAGAAUUUACAACUGUUCACAAGGAUGAAAUAACUUUUGAAAAUAAGUCUGCGUGCGUACUUCCUUGGGUAAAAAUAGAUAAGACAAUAGUUUAAACUGUGUGGCCCCUGAAUGCAAAAUAAAUCUCUGUUUUCUGGGUUAUCAUAUUAAGUCCUUACGUGGCUUAUUUGUAAUGGUUUCUCACACAUUGGUUUUCACCUUUUCGAACCUCACCAAUAACUAAUGUGGUCAUUUUGAGGGCUCUGAAUGUCACCGGGCAUUCCCAACUCAGGCUAAGUGCAAAGCUAUAGUGAAGGUCUCUUUUAAUAGGCUUAUCUGUCAAUCAGGAGUGAAUUGUGAAUGUGCCACGGCAAUGAGCUUCCUCUGCGCUGGAUGUUUAUGAUACCAUCCUGAUCACGGCCUGCUCUUUUGAUUCGUCCUUCAUGGCCACGAGAGCGGGAAGGAGCUUAUCCGUGCAGGAAAGAAGUGUAUCAUGUUAAAGAGAGGCACAGAUGGAAGCCCCUCGUAGCCCAGAGGAGUCUUGUGAGGAGCAGAAUCAUCAAGUGGGCUUGAUUUUUCCGAAUAAAUAAAAAAAAGAGAAUCGCAAAUGUAAUACUUCAGUGUUUGGAGAUUGGUGGAUAAUGUUGCGCUGAUUGAUUAAUUUUCUUUCCCACCCCUCCCCACUCUGAUUUCUCUCAGGGGCAGAAGACGUGAGGCGCUGAAGUGUUUCUCCUCCUGGUGUGUUAAUGGGUGGGGGGGUCCUUCGUGGUGAGGAAUCAAGGAUCGAAGUCAACGCAGAACGCUCCAGUUUAAUGGCUGGCAGGUAGUGGCCGAAAAGGGACAAUCAACAUGAACUCGAUUCCGUCGAUGGACAGACACAUACAGCAGACCAAUGACCGUCUGCUGUGUAUCAAACAGCACUUACAAAAUCCGGCAAAUUUCCAAACAGCAGCGACCGAGUUGCUGGACUGGUGUGGCGACCCCAGAGCGUUUCAGCGGCCCUUCGAGCAAAGCCUGAUGGGAUGCCUAACGGUGGUCAGUCGAGUAGCCGCACAGCAAGGCUACGACUUGGACCUGGGCUACCGGCUCCUGGCCGUGUGCGCUGCCAACAGGGACAAGUUCACUCCAAAAUCAGCAGCUCUUCUGUCCUCGUGGUGUGAGGAGCUAGGACGCCUCCUCCUCCUCCGUCACCAGAAGAACCGGCAGAACGAGCCUCCGGGAAAAGUGCCCAUGCAGCCCCCCAUGAGCUCCAUGAAGCCCGGCCUUUCACACGGAGAUGGGUCUUUUCCCUAUGACUCAGGCCCCUGGCCACAGAACACCAAUCAGCCUCCAGGUUCGUUGUCGGUGGUUACGACCGUCUGGGGCGUGACCAACACGUCGCAGAGCCAGGUGUUGGGGAACCCCAUGGUGAACAACAACAAUCCCAUGAACCCCGGGGGCAACCCUAUGGGCUCGGGUAUGCCUGGUAACAAUCCAGAGAUGAACUCUCCUCAGUUUCCUGGGCCUCAGCAGCAGUUCCCCAGCAAGGGCAACUCCAACCAGGGCUACAUGCAGCAGGGCAUGUACGGACGACCCAACUACCCCGGAGGAGGAGGAGGCUUCGGUGGCAAUUACCCCGGAGGGCCCAACGCCGGACCAGGAGGAAUGGACAUGCCGCAGCACUCCCGUCCUCCGUCAGACUUCGCCCAGCCUGCCGCCGCCGCCGCCGCCGCUGCAGUCGCUGCCGCUGCCGCCACGGCAACCGCCACCGCCACGGCGACUGUAGCCGCCAUGCAGGAGACCCAGAACAAAGACAUGAACCAAUACGGACCGGUGAGUUCCUCUUUCCAGAUGGGACCAAACCCGGCGUACAGCAGCCAGUUCAUGAACCAGCCAGGACCCCGCGGCCCUCCAUCCAACCCUGGGAACAUGGGCACUGGCAUGAAUGCAUCCAGCAUGAGCGGACCCCCCAUGGGAAUGAACCAGCCGAGGGGCCAAGGCAUGGGGCCUUUUGGGGGCCAUGGCCAAAGGAUACCCCAGCAAGGCUAUGCAGGACCCCGGCCUCAGGGCAUGGGUAUGAAGAGGCCGUACCCAGGGGAGCCAAACUAUGGUGGUCAGCCGUAUGGACCAAACAGCCAGUUCCCAAACCAGCAGGGGCCGUACCCCACACAGAACCCCUCGAGGCCGCUGCCGUCCCCAAACUACCCUGGCCAGAGGAUGCCAGGACAGCAGCUGCAGAGCCAAUACCCACCACCCAGUGGUGCCAUGGGCCAGAACUAUAAGCAAGAACCAUCUUUUAAUGGCCAAACAAAUAACUUCUCUGGGAGUGGAUAUCAGUACAGCCAGGGUAAUAUGAAUGGGCCGCCCAGACCGGUGGGCAACUAUCCUCACUCCCCAGUGCCGGGCAACCCCACCCCUCCAAUGACGCCGGGAAGUAACAUCCCUCCGUACCUGUCGCCAAACCAGGACGUGAAGCCCCCCUUCCCUCCUGACAUCAAACCGAAUAUCACCGCUGUCCCGCCCCCUCCAGCCAACCACAACGAGGAGCUGCGGCUCACGUUCCCGGUGCGAGACGGGGUGGUCCUCGAGCCCUUCAGGCUAGAGCACAACCUGGCUGUCAGCAACCACGUCUUCCACCUACGGCCCUCUGUACACCAGACGCUCAUGUGGAGAUCGGACCUGGAGCUGCAGUUUAAGUGCUACCACCACGAAGACCGCCAGAUGAACACCAACUGGCCGGCAUCUGUCCAAGUCAGCGUAAACGCCACGCCGCUCACCAUCGAGCGGGGCGACAACAAGACCUCCCACAAACCCCUGCACUUAAAACAAGUAUGCCAGCCAGGAAGGAACACGAUCCAGAUCACAGUCACUGCCUGCUGCUGUUCGCACUUGUUUGUGCUGCAGCUCGUCCACAGGCCCUCGGUUCGCUCGGUCCUCCAGGGCUUGCUGAAGAAGAGGCUUCUGCCCGCAGAGCACUGCAUCACCAAAGUUAAGAGGAACUUCAGCAGCGUUGCGGCGUCGUCGGGGAACGCAGCGCUCAACGGCAAGGAAGGCGUGGAGCAGACGGCCAUGAAGGUUUCCCUCAAAUGUCCGAUCACCUUCCGGCGAAUACAACUUCCAGCAAGAGGCCAUGACUGCAAACACGUUCAGUGUUUUGAUUUGGAAUCAUAUUUACAACUCAACUGUGAGCGGGGGACAUGGCGAUGUCCUGUAUGCAAUAAAACAGCGUUGUUAGAGGGACUCGAAGUGGACCAGUACAUGUGGGGAAUCUUAAAUGCCAUUCAAAACUCGGAGUUUGAGGAGGUGACCAUUGACCCGACAUGUAGUUGGCGGCCGGUGGCUAUAAAAUCUGAUAUCCACAUCAAGGAGGAUCCAGAUGGACCGCUGGCCAAGAGGCUUAAGACUAUGAGCCCCAGCCAGAUGAUCAUGCCCAAUGUGAUGGAGAUGAUAGCUCAGCUCGGCCCCGGACCGUCGCCGUACCCGUUGUUAUCUUCUCAGCAAGGGGGAAAGAACAGUGAAUACAGCAGCCAAGGCAACAGUUACCCGGGACACGGGAACUUUGACUUCCCUCACGGCACGCCUGGCGGUACGUCGAUGAAUGAUUUCAUGCACGGCCCCCAGCUGUCUCACCCUCCCGACAUGCCCAACAGCUUGAUGACUCAAGACAAGCCACUCUCACACAACAUGCCUGACUCAAUACCUCACUCUGCAGGCAAUGAUCAAUCGCAUUGUCCUCUGCAGAGCUUACAUCCAUCUCCACACCCUGGGAGCCAAUCAGGACAGCAGCUACACCACAGCGAGCCUCCUCAGCAGUCGCGACAAGCUCCGCCUCCUCAACAACAACAACAGCAGCAACAACAACAGCAACAACAACAGCCGACCGGUCCCAACAACCAUCCCCACGGCGACCUGGCCUUCAACCCCUCCAGCAGUUUGGACGGCCAAGCAGGGUCGGACAUGCCUGAGCCAUCUUUAGACCUUCUUCCAGAGCUCGCUAACCCGGAUGAGCUUUUGUCGUACCUGGAUCCACCUGACCUCCCCAGCAAUAGCAACGAUGACCUUCUAUCGCUCUUCGAAAACAACUGAGGCAAUUCAGGCACACAUAAACUUUUCUGACUGUCUGCAGUUUCCCCCCCCCCCCGAGAACCCUGGGCGGUCGCUCAGUACUUGAUAAACACAAAGAUGCACUCCCUUUCUCUUCUUCCUCUUGUACAGUUUUCAUUGGCCAGCACAGAUUGACUGAAAGAGGUAAAAACUCCAAGACGAGGCGGGACGCGGCCCCGCCCCCUGGCGAUACUUAUGAACUGUGCAGCUGUACUCUGUUAUUUUUUCACGCCACACACAGGUGUGUAUGUGUGCACAUUAGGAACGUGUUGUAGCAUUUUUGUAUUCAUGUUUUGUUUCCUUUUGAGAAGAUAAAAGGAGUUCAAUGUAUAAAACAGAAAAAUAGCUGUUAAAAACCUGCGCUAUCUGGCCAGUGAUACGUCCAUGUUGUUAUUUCAAACUGAGAGGCCACAGCUUCCCGGUGUCACAGCUCCAUUCCCUGACUGGUCUGGUUAGUCCACCACACAUCUUUUUAAAGCACAAGAGAUUCGGGCAAUGCAAAAUAAAAGAAAAAAAAUCUGUCUUUACGAAGGAAAAACUAAAUCAGUUGGAUCAGCCUAUGUCUGUCCUUGGCAAACAUGUUUUUUAAUAAUUUCUUGCUCAACAUUUUAAACAGAUUUUUGGGAACAAUCGGCUUCCACUUUGUCUACAAUUGUGAUACCUAGAUAUUUUUGUCAAAAAUAGGUAUACCGGCCUUUCAGUCCUGAGAGCUGAGUGGUGGAACGGAAAAGAUGUUUGUCCCCACUGAAACAAAGCAACAAGUUUAUAUUGCACAUCAAGAAUAGCAUACCUGGACUUCGACAUAAUGUAUAGUUAUCGUCCUCCUGUGCAGAGGAGUGAUUUUAAUGGAAAGGUACAAUAUGAGAAACCUGGGUUCCUGUGAAGCAGCUGCUGCUUUUAUUUCUUCCUGCAACGACUUCUUCCAUGGCGCCUGCUCUGCGUGUUGCUCGUGUCAGCAAUUUUGCCACGACACAUCUCUCCCCCCGUUAACUGAUGUGCUGUUAUAGUAGUCUACAAAGUGCAUGUGUGCCAAGCCCUUGUCUAGUGCUGUUCCAAGUGGCAACAAAGAAGAAGAAAAAAGAUAGUGUGGUUUUUAUCAGUUGCUUUUUUCACGGCUCUUUUUUUGUUUGUACGUUUUUUUUCUUUUUUUUCUGUCAGAUUUAGUAUGAUUUAUUUAACACUAACAUUGAAGGGAUAAUGCUGAUAUCAGCGAUACAUGUAUCGUGUAUUUGCUGAAUAUACUGUAUUAUAUUUGUGUUCUUGUUUUUGUCGCUGCAUAAUUUAACGAUCCAUAAAUCUUUUUGGGAAUCUGCUCAACAUCACCAAAGUUAGAGGGAUGAGAAUGGAGAGGUUUUGUGUUUGCUUGGUCCUGUGUAAGACUGCGAGUGUGUGCACGAGUGAGUGUGAGAUUGUGUGCGUGUGUGCGUGUGUGCGUGUGUUUCUAUUCGUGCGAUGGGAAGAAAUAUUGAUUUCAUAGAUAUAUGGGAGGACAAAGACAGUUUAUCCAUCACUGCUGUUCAAGAAGUGGUUUCUAAAGCAGUAUUGGUACAGAUCUUUUGCCACAUUUGUUUUCAAUUUCACUUUUUGAGAAGAGUGCUGUUCAGUAUGCAAAUGUAUUAUUUUUAAAGAAAAAAUGCUAUUGUACUGUAAAUAUCAUUGUGAAUAUUUUUGUAUCAUCUUGAUAAUGUGUGUCCGUUGAUCAUUAGUCGUCCGACCUAACAACUUAUGCUCCCAGACGUCCAUCUAACCACUGACUUUGUUUGUAACCAGCAUACGACAGCUGUCUCGCCUCCUCGUUGUGGGGAAGCCAGUCCAAAUGUCUCAUAAGCUAUUUCCUGCAGGUCGCCAUGCUUUCUAGUCACUUUCCUCCCAGUGCACUCUGUCUCACACCUGUCCUUGAUAGACAGGUGUCCCAUGUCUAUGUGCCCCCCUUCCCGACAUCAGCUCACUGUGAUUGUGAAGCAUCAUUUCAGUUUUCAGAUGCCAAGCGCGGUUCGACGCCAUCUUUUCUUUCACGGUCCGAUGUAUUUGAUUGAAAAUGUUGUCUGUUCAUCAUUUUAUGUUGACAUUUUAUCAGUGAUACUGAACAGUAAUGGUUUAAAAAAGAUGUGGUAUCGGCUGGCUUUCAGUGUAAUUCGUGAGCUAUGUGAAUAUCAUAAUUGUCAAUGCACAGUGGUAUCACAACCCUAUUUUAAAGAAAUCCAUGAUAUUGUUUAUAUUUUUGUUUUCGAAAAUGUGGCUUUUUAAAAGCAUGAGACCAUAUACAUUUUUAUCCCCUUUUUGUUUUUGGUAAAUUAUUUUGUACUGGUUUUCUUAUUAAUCUGUAAGGCUAGAAAUCCAAUUUCUUUCAACUGUAGAAUUGUGCUGAUUUAACCACCCUGGUUUUAUGUAAACAUUAUUUUAAGCGUCAUUUAUGAAAUAUUAUUUGUUCCAGUUCAGCACACUGACAUGUUGUUUCAUAUUUAUGUCACAAAGAGACAUCAAAUCAAAAAAGAUAAUUCCUCUUGUAACGAUACACUCCCACAUUUUCCUAUUUUAUUAUCAGAAUUGAAACUAUCGAUCAAUCCCAUGGACGUCAUCAUUUCACCUUUUGCUCUCACUUUCAAGUGAGCCAAUUUGGUAAAAGGCAGCACCUCAAAUCUGUAGUUGCACAAUCACAAUAAGGGCCAUUUCUCUGGGGAAAGUUGUUUUUAAAAAAGGAAAAAGAAAAAAAAUACAAUGCAGAGAGAAAGGACACGUUCAUCAUUGUGGCCUGGAAAGGAUGUUGAGGGCAAGGCUAGAUCAAACGUCCCAAGGAUGCCUGUAUAUAUGUAAAUGAAUAUAGAGACAUGUGAACAGAAAUGUAUUCAUUUUCCCUGGGAAUGUGCAUUGUUUCUUCAGAAUAAUAAAAAGCUUGCAACCCCUCAACUGGAAGUGGCUGAAUAUGGAAAAUUCAGCAUUUUGUUCUCCCUAUGUAAUAUACUUUCGCCUCUUUUGUUCGGGGAACUGGGACAGCUGUGUUUCACAUGUACAAUUUAGCCUGAGUGUUCUAGUCUGUCACCUGCAUACUCUUGAGGUGCUAAACUAAUUAAGGAAGAGAAAAAAAAGGUUACAAAGAAAAUAGUUCGGAGGGGUGGGAGAAAGGCAGUGGGAGGGACGGGUCCAGAAGAUUGUAACCAAAUCCAUAGUUUGAACACUUUUUUAAAUAUCACAAGCAGUUGUAAAAAUCAUACAAUCUAAGGUGAUUCAUGCAAUGUGGCCAUUGUCUCUAUUGUGUACAUUGUGUGGACAAUCAUUUCAUAUUCUAAACUGGUCAGAAAAUAAAAGGAACUAAUUGUGAUUUUUAGUCUUGCAGAACUGUAUGUAGUUAGAUGAUGUGACAACCUAAUAUUUAUCUAAUAAAUAUGUAUUCAGAUGAUA